AUGGGCCGUAUAACAGCCCUCGGUACCCAUGCUGCAAAGCAGUCUCGACGGUCUUCCGCUCCAUCAGACCGGAUUCUUGUCGCAUGGCAGGUCAACCUAAAGGGCAGCAAGCGCAGGCUCAGGUAUCUCCUGCGAUGCCUGACCUGCGUUGGUCGCCAGCCAGAAAUUAUCGCCAUCCAAAAUCCUCCGCCCGAGUUUGCAUGGUGGCAGAGUCGUGGUUACAAGGCAGAGUUUUGCGCUGUUCGUCCGCUUAAAGAGGACGACGGCCCUUUCGCAAUCGCCUGUGCGGAGCAUGAGAAAAAGAAAAGGAAGUCAGCAGAAGAGCCGCGGCCACCCAAAGAGCUCGUCUCUCUCUAUCGCAUCGGAUUUUACGUCCACGAUUCGAUUCCCCUUGCAGACUGGAACGUGUUGUUUCACGACAAUGGCAACAAAUCUAUGGUGGCCACCCUGAAGCUUUCGACACGGUCUGGCUCGAUUACUAUUCACAACGUCUACAAUCAUACGUUGAACCUCGACAUGGCUGAGCUCCUUGCCACAUGUGCAACCAGUCCAUCAGAUCUCCUUCUCGGUGACUUCAAUCUGCAUCAUCCACUUUGGGGCGGGCCGAACGUCAAGCCCAACAGCCCACAGGCGGACCAACUGUACCACGGCACUCAGAUCGCCGGCAUGAGGUGCCUCACCAAGCCCACCAUCACCUACUCUCGUGGCACGCAGAAGGACGGCAAUUUUUGCUCCACCAUUGACUUGGCAUUUGCUGGCUGUUCGAUUGCAGACCAGAUUCAAGACCAUGGGCCACUUGCUGUCCGGGGCUUUGAGUCGGAUCACCGCGUUAUACAGACGAUCCUGUCUGUGGAACCCGGCCGAGUGAGGGGCACUCGAUAUGUCUGGUCCCAGGCGGAUCGUUCAGAGUUCCGGAGGGAUGUGGCCGCGCAGUUGGAGGAUGCGGGACUUCUUCGGCGGCUGGUCUGUUCCAAGGCUGGUAUCGAUCAUUACUUUUUCGACCUGCUCCAGAUCCUGCGAGACGCUGUAGCCCACUACGUUCCCUUGGCCGAUCCCUGCAGCGUUUACCGCCGAGCCAAGCCAGUCAGCGACAGUGUCAAGCUCAACCUGGCACUUGAACGUCGAGCUUUGUCGAAGCUGACGAGCGGUCUUGGGUCGGGAGCAGAUUUCUACCACUACCGACGACGCGUCAACUACCUAAUGAAGACCAAAGAAGCCAGAGACUUUCGCCAGGUUACUGCUGGGAGCGAGGAGAAGGCCCGUUGCAUCAGGAACUCGUUCUGGCCGGAUACUAGCGUCGGCCCAGCCGCACCUGCUCUUCCACUGCCUCGUCUCGAUCCCGAGCGCGAACAGCUCUACUCUCCCGAUCGCUUGGAGGUGGGUGAGAUUUUAUCCCUCUUGGAUGAUAUGCCCACUGGCAGGUCGCCCGGCCCGGAUGGUGUUGCGGCAGAAGCCCUCAAGAUGUUGCACCGAGUCAAAGCAGCUGAUGGAACAGAACUGGCACCGAGCAUCAUCGCCCCAUAUCUUGAGCGUGGCAUCAAUGCUGCAUUUAGACUGUCUCAUCAUCCGUCGAUAUUCAAACAGGCCAAGACUGUCGUCCUGCGCAAAUCUGAGAAGGAGGCGUAUAAUGUCGCCAAAAGCUACCGGCCGGUUGCGCUCUUGUCUUUUAUUGGGAAGCUAAUCGAGAAGGCGAUUGCGAACCGCUUAAAGUUUCUUGCCAUGGCUCAUCAGCUCAUUCCAGGCGCACAGUUUGCACUCCCUAGCAAGUCGACAACCCACGCCCUGGAGUCUCUCAUCAACCACGUGUACCAGGCAUGGUGCGUCAAAGCUCCCGCUGAUAUCAAGGCGACCCUGAUGACCAUUGAUCAGACUGGUGCUUUCGACCGCGUCGGGCGUCAGGAUCUUCUCCGGAUUCUCAUCCAACUGGGCAUCCCAACCUGGCUUGUUCUGUACGUCUGUUCGUUUCUUUCGGAUCGAAGCACCUUUCUUGUGUUACCGGGUCACACAUCAGAGAGGUUUUGGGUCAACAUUGGGAUUCCUCAAGGUAGCCCCUUGUCGCCUAUUCUUUAUCUUUACUUCUCCCGCCAGAUUCUUGAGCGUCUCAAGGUCUCCUGCCCUUGGGCAGAUGCGGUACUGGCAACUUCCUAUAUGGAUGACACCUGCAUUCUGGUCACGUCUGCGUCCUACAAGCUGAACUGCGUCGCUUUGAAGUUCUUGUUUGACUUUUUGGUUGCCUGGGCGUCGCCGAAUGGCAUCUACUUUGGCGCUGGAAAGACCAAGAUAAUGCACUUUCACCGACCCUGGAGCCGAUGCCCUGAGUCCACGGAGAUGCCUCAAAUCGAAGGUCUUCCUGAUCCCGAGGAUUGUAUGCAGACUAAGCUUCGACUGCUUGGAGUCAUCCUGGACCACAGACUUAGCUGGGUUGCUCAUGUGGAUUUCAUCAUUGCCAAGGUCCAGAGAAAGAUGAUGCAUCUCCGUCGCAUCUCUGGGUCCACGUGGGGCCCGUCUCUCCUCGAAAUGAGACAGCUCUACAUAACCUGUAUCCGCCCGGUUUUCGCAUAUGCCUGCGCAGUCUGGUUCGUAUCUGCCGAUGAUCGGACCUUCUCGUGGCGCUUGCGCGACGACCUUGUACGCCGGCUCAACAACCAGCAGUCUGCUUGUCUCAGACAGAUCGCAGGCGCAUUCAAGACCACCUCGUCAGAUAUCCUCCACAAAGAGCUACACAUCGACAAGCUCUCUCUCUACCUCCAGCGGACGGCAAUGGCACAUCGAGUUCAGAACCUCGAUUCAGAAGACGCCAAAAAUCUCGAAACUACCUGGAACACUCUAUUCCGCGAUGAGGACGCGAUCAUCCGACUCGAUCACCAUCCGUACAGGUUUCUUUACCUCGAUGCCUGUCGUGCCUGUCAUGAGCCACGACGACAACUCGAGAAAAAGAUCUUGGCUAGGCAUCCUAGGUCAUCUCACGACAAGUGGCGCCCGAGUGCUGACGACUAUUGGGCGGAGCCUGUGAUAAGGAAAAAGAUAAUGCGUGAUGCACUAAGGCGCUAUACCGAACGCGAGAGUGCCCUGCAGUGGGAGACCUAUCGGACACUCUAUCCUAGCCGACGUUCGUCUGCCAUCCGCAUUCCCCCCCCUGCCCUUCAAGAAGGAUGGGGACGCCAAAGUCUUGAAUAUUACAAGGGACUCCCAAGAGCUCAGAGCACCAUGCUUCUACACUGCCGCACUGGUGUCAUUGGUCUGAAGUCUUAUCUGUAUUCAUUGAACACUGCGAAGACGAAGGUAUGUUCUCCCUCCCUCCAUAUCGACACUCGUCCACCAAACUGCCCAACUACCACUUUGCCUCCGUGCAAGACUAUGAGAUGUUUGGGGUUCUAUUGA